AAGGUGAGUGUCUGUGCCCCUGCUGACUGGGGUCAUCCAGGGAGAAGAUCCAUCCAACCCAAAGUGGAAAAUAUAUCCCAGUGUGCUCAACCCUGACCAUGACCUGGGGCCAGGACCAGAGCAGAGAGCUGAGUGAGGGAGAUGCUGCUUUGACAGGCAGGCCACAAGUGCAAUGCUGGGUGGGGAGGGGAUAAAGAGAGGACAGGACCAAGGAGGGCAAGGUGGCUGCUUGUAGAUGACAGGUGGGAUGGGAGGCGGACCCAAAAGGCUGCUGCGGGGCAGGGACCUGCAGAGGGCAGGUGGACCAGCUUCUCAGGCUCUUGAGCUCCCCACCCUGAUGGGCAACUCAGUUUUUCUGCUCUGUUCACCAGGAGUUCCUCUGUGUCCAAUCAGCUCCCAGUUCUGAUUGGUUCCCUGAGUCACCUCACCCUGUGGCACUGCCCAGCCCAGAGGAAACAGGGAGCUCUGCUGGGCAGCCUGGCCACACUCCAGCCUGUGCGUCCCACAACAACUCUGUGGCCUUGACCACACCCUGUUUCCCUCUGGUUCCAGUCUGUCCCCAGGAGUGCCGCUCCUUGCCAGAGUGGACAAGCUAUACUGGUGAGUAGGAAACCGGACAGGUGUCCUCACAAUGCCUGCCUGGCUGCUGCGGCCAUCUGUGUCCCACAGAGGGCGUAGGCUUGCAUUUAGCAUCACCAGCCACAGUGCUCUGUAGGGCCCUGCCCGCCCUUUCCCAUGCAGUCCUCACCUCUGCCAUGAUGGCCCUUUCUCUUCGUGCCCUGCACUUGCUCUGACAGCCUCAUGCGGACCUGCAGGGUUAACACAUCAAGAGGGCCAGUGCCUUCAGACUUACCCCUGUCUCUCGUCUCUGGAAAACCCCACCUCCCUGCCCUCUGGGGGAAGUGAGACUUGACCUGCAACCCUCCCCCAGAACUUAGUUCACCACUCUGCCUGGCUCCUCCCUCCCCAUAGCCACCAUCACGCAGACUGUGUCCUCCUAUCUUCGUGUGUGUGUGUGUGUGUGUGUGUGUGUGUGUGUGUGUCUGUGUGUGUGUGUGAUGGUUCAGCCACCACUGAGGCCUCAUCCUUGCCCUGGCAUUGCCUCCCACAGCACCCAGUCUGGCUCCCUCUGCUGAAGAGAGAUCCCAAUGCCUGGCCAUUGAGGUCCUCCCAGGUCUGGCCUCUUCCUGGCCUCCCAGCCUCUUCCCUCACCCCCGCACACAUUAUAAUCAUGCUUGUGGAUGCAUCCCUGCAGACCUUGCUCCUCUCUCCAGCCUCCCUCCACCCCGAGGGGUCAUGGCCUCCAUAAGGCUUUCUGGGGGCUCCAACAGCACUCAGCAGCCAGCCACUGAGCUCUGCCACGGCAGGCCAGUGAGUGCCCAGGGCCCAGGCACAUAUUCAGGCCACCCAAUUCUCGGUGAAGACUGAAGGCUCCUGGAGCCCAGUCAUGCAGCUUGUUUGCGUGGGAGUGGAAUUACAGAUUGCCAAGUGGACCUGAGAUGGGAACAUUCCAAGGAGAGGCUCAUGAACCUUCUCCUCUCAGUCAUAUCGGUCCUCAGGGCAGCAGGCAGUGGGCAGGAGGGCCCCAGGGUCUCACUGCAGCCCAGCCCUGAAGUGAGCCUGGGUGGGAGGGGCCAUAGGAAGGAGCACUUACUGUGUGUUUUCCAGGUGGGGAGACAGCUCAGAGAGGGCAGUCAACUCCUGAAUCACACAGCAUGGAGUGGCAGCCUGAGUGACUGAAGCCACAGCUCCCCAGGUGGCCUCAUAUGCUGGCCACACCUGUGAACUGCUCAACCCUGGACUCAGCCCUGGCUUAACCCCUUCAGUGACUGUCCCCCCAAAGGCUUUAGGGUCAAGACCCUCAACAUGGAUGCUGUGACCGACAAUGCUCCCUACUAUCCCUGUAUCCUUCUGACACAUUGUCCGUUCAGGCCAUCACGUGCACCUGCAGUCCUUGUCUGCCUGCACAUGGCUGGCUCCUAAGACCUCAGCCUUCCCAGACCUCCCAGUCUCCCCAAGUCCAGUCCCCAGUCUAUCAGAGUGACAGUGAAUCUCCCUGGCCUCUGGGCACCAGGAAGCCAUGGGUCCUUUCUAGUUCAUCAGUGUACCCCAGGCCGUGGGAACAACCCUCGAAUGUUUAUGGGGCGAACGAACAAGUGGUUGCCCAGUUUAUGGAGGAAACCGAAGCUCAGGGAUGCCCUUCUCAGGGUCUGCAGGUCUCUGACCCACAGGACUGCAGUUUGGGAGCCCCACUGGACAUCCCCUGGUCCAAUCUAACACUCCUGCCUCCCACACACUGGGAAUCCCUGCCUCAACGUGCACAUCCCAGGCAAAGCUGCCUGCCCCGUGCCCCUGCACAAUGCUGAGACCUGUCUCCUUCGCGACGUCUAAGAACCAGAGAGGCCACACCAUCCAGGCAAGAGCAGGCUAAGAGGGCAUAGAAUCCACAAGAUGGGCCAGUAGAGUUGGUAAAAAACGAAGGUAUGCAGGAGCAUCGCAGACAGAACAUCCAGGGCACUGGAGAAAGGGGGGUCAUCCUCACCCAGCUGUGGGUCCUGGACUGCUAAUCGUCACAGCCAGCCCCUUCUGGGAUACAGAGCAGUAAGCUAUGGGUCACUGAGGCUGAAAAGAGCCCUCAGAAGAAAGAGGGCCUCAGGGAGAAAGCAGCUCUCAGGGAGGCCUGGUUGAUGGAGGGUAGUCGCCCACUGUGAGCCCACCCCGCUGGGGACAGUCACUCCCACCUGAUACCUGCACUCUGGCUGCCCUGCCCCUGCCUUCUUCCACAAGGACCUCCAGACCCAGAGAGCUCCCCUCAGUUCCAGGUGCAUCCUGGAACGCUCUGGUCUCAUCCCUUGUCAACCUAGUGGAGCCUCUGCACACCAGCUCCAUUGUCAGCUCCUGCACACCCACACAGAAGCAGGCUUUCCUCCCUCUCCCCGAAACACAGAGCACAUGGCACUCGGGUCCUGACAACUUGCCGAGUGCGGGCACAGGAUGCCUGUGGCAGAUAACAAGUGAGCCGCAGGGCUUCCAAAGUGCCUAAGGAGAUGUGUAGAGGAGGCCUUAUCUUCCAAAGCAGAACUCUAUCCACGUGCCCUGAAAAAGGGUUUUCACAUAGUUCCAGGGGCAAUAGGAGGCCUGAGAGAUGUGAGCAAGGUGCUUUCCCAGGGUUCCGACAGCUACAACAUGCCACUCCUCACAAAGGCCCAAACCCACAUAAUUUAGGACCCCUCCCCACCCAGGUGCUUGCUCUUUACAAUUGAUGCUCUGGGUGCUGCUGGACCUUGGCACCGUCAGGACCCCCCGGCACCCAGACUCUGCCCAGGGCCCCGCCCAAUCACCGACCAGCUCGCUAGACCCUGUUGUCUCCCUGUGUUGACUGGAGCCCCCAGACCCGCCCUCAGCCAGCUUCCUCUUGCCUGACUGAAGGCACCAGCCUCCACUCACCCCAAAGCCCAUCCUCUAUGCUGCUAUCUUAAAAUGUGACGUGGGUCACAGCUCUCCUUGCCCUGUGCCCUGCAAUGGCUGCCCUUCACUCAGGGAAAAGCCCUCACCGACCUUUUGUGCCACCUCCCUCCUGUUUGUGGAACUCCACCAUUCUCAGAAGCUCUCUCCUCUCCCAGGCUCUUCCCUACCUGGAUGCCUCAUCACCUCCUCCUCUACCUGACUGAAGCCCAACUCAUCCUGCAGGCCUGCCCCAGUCCUCGGAACACAUCCGCCAGCCUGGGACCCACAGCACCCCAGAGCCCUGCCUGCUCUUCCAGCCCUCACAUGUCCCACCCGCAGCAGCAGCAGCAGCAGCAGCACUGAUCCACCCAGUUUGAACCCCAAACAGAAGCUGCUCUUGUCCACGAAGCUUGGAAACACUACCAGCUUGGCCAGACCAGAGCAGUCCUUCCCAGGCACUGCCAGUCCCGAGGACACAAGUCCUAGAUGGAGUUUUCUUCAUAUCCCAGAGAAGCUGCAGGAAACUGGCCCCAGUGGGGCAGGAACCAAUGCAGAGUCAGUCUUCACAGCCAGGAGAGGAAAAUCAGCACAGGGCUGGUGCUCCGGUUCCCAGGCAGCCCCCAUCUUGGGCCUGACUUGUGACAGGGAAGCCAUGACGAGGAGGAACAGGGAGGGUUACCACAGUCCUGGGUGCUGGCUUCCUUCCAGGGGGCGGCAAAGUAGCACUCCUAUCAGGCCAGCCUGGCCUCAGGGUUCUAGGGGCCCUGUUCCCCCCAGUCCAGGCUCCACUCCUGGCUGCCUGGCUUUAUGACUUCACAGGCUGAAGUCACGUGGAGAUAAUGCUGAGCAUUCCACAAGUCCAGGCCAGCCCAGUCAGACGGCUCCCCACACUGUAAAUGAGGAUGAUGCCGGCUGGCCCAUGUGGGGAGGGGAUGUAGAAGGCAGAGGCACCGGCCGCUCCUGGCACCAUGGAUGAUGCCGCGGUCCUAAGGAAGAAGGGUUACAUCGCGGGCAUCAAUCUUGGCAAGGGCUCCUACGCAAAAGUCAAGUCAGCCUACUCUGAGCGCCUCAAGUUCAAUGUGGCGGUCAAGAUCAUUGACCGCAAAAAAACGCCCACUGACUUUGUGGAGAGAUUCCUUCCUCGGGAAAUGGACAUCCUGGCAACUGUCAACCACCGCUCCAUCAUCAAGACCUAUGAGAUCUUUGAGACCUCAGACGGGCGCAUCUACAUCGUCAUGGAGCUUGGUGUCCAGGGUGACCUCCUGGAGUUCAUCAAGUGCCAGGGGGCCCUGCAUGAGGAUGUGGCACGCAAGAUGUUCCGCCAGCUCUCCUCAGCCGUCAAGUACUGCCAUGACUUGGAUGUUGUCCACCGAGACCUCAAGUGUGAGAACCUUCUCCUUGACAAGGACUUCAACAUCAAGCUGUCUGACUUCGGUUUCUCCAAGCGCUGCCUGAGGGACUGCAGCGGGCGCAUCACCCUCAGCAAGACCUUCUGCGGGUCAGCGGCAUACGCGGCUCCUGAGGUCCUGCAGGGCAUCCCCUACCAGCCCAAGGUCUACGACAUCUGGAGCCUGGGCGUGAUCCUCUACAUCAUGGUCUGUGGCUCCAUGCCUUACGACGAUUCUGACAUCAAGAAGAUGCUGCGCAUCCAGAAGGAGCACCGCAUCGACUUCCCGCGCUCCAAGAACCUGACGGGUGAGUGCAAGGACCUCAUCUACCGCAUCCUGCAACCAGACGUCAACCGGCGGCUGCAUAUUGAUGAGAUCCUCAGCCACUCCUGGCUGCAGCCCCCCAAGCCAAAAGCCAUGUCUUCUGCCUCAUUAAAGAGGGAGGGUGAGGGCAAGUACCGGGCUGAUUGCAAACUGGACACCCGGCCAGGCUCACGGCCCGAGCACCGGCCUGAUCACCGUCCUGAUCACCGUCCCGAGCACCGUCCCGAGCACCGGCCCGAGCACCGGCAGGAUCACAAGCUGGGGACUAAAACCCAGCACCGGAUGCUGGUGGUGCCUGAGAAUGAGGGCAAAAUGGAGGACAGGCUGGCCGAGACCUCCAGGGCAAAAGACCACCAUGCCUUGGGAGCCGAGGUGGGGAAGGCAAGUACCUAGGGUACAGAGGGCGGGGGGCAGGGCAUGGUGCAUGGUGGCGCCCAAGUAAGCUAAGUAUGCAGGUAGGAGCUGAAGAAGGCACAGGUGCAAGGAACAAGUAAAAUCUGUCAAUUAAACCACUAUUUUGAUUACGUUCUAUUGGCUUUCUUCCACUUAGUAGCAAAGACGUUAAUUACUGACCACCAAAUAAACGACGAAGUGUAAACAAGCACCAAGAGUGCCCCCUGAGGAGUCUUUUUCUUCAGGACUCAGCCAGCCACCCUCUAUGCGGUGUGGGGGUCUCCAGCAUAGGGGUCCAGGGAUCCCUGUUCAGGCACAGGUACUCACGAAGAGACCCUGUGGGCAAGGAGAAGGUCGCAGCCAUGGACCAUCCAAUGGGCUCCCACUGGCCUCUGUGACUUGCCUGCACCCAGCGCCUCCAGGGCUGGCCAGGUGCAUGGAUCUCCACCUCAGGCAGAACACAGCCCACUCUGACCCCAUGCCACACCCUCAGAUAGUCCUUCC